AUGGGUCGCAAGCACGCUCCUGAGCCGCUGUCCCUGGCCAGCCCCCAUUCUCGUCCGCACGUUGGCAGCGGCCCCGUCAGCAGCAACGGCUCUGGUCCUGUUUCUCCUGCCGCUGUCACCUCUCCUACCCAGAAAUCCAGUGUCCCGGCCAGCCAGGGCCACCGCAGCCCUCACGUCGCCGAAGCCAGCAUUGAAACUUCUCUGCAAGUCAUCCCAACCCCGACCUCAUCCAAGUCACCUCGCUCGCCCCGGUCCCCGUUCAGCAAGUUCAAUACUACGUCGAAGAAGGGUGAUCCCAGGCAGGUCCAGACAUCACAUGCCCAGAGCCCGUCGCAUCUGCAGUCCAAAUUCGCCGCCCAGCAGUCGCCAGAGUAUCCCCAUUUCGACUACAAGGCUGGUCCUCUCGAGGAGAGCUACGAUCAACAGUUCUACCAUUACCCCUCCGGCGAGGCCCAACACCAGGGCACGCAAGACCAGCACAACCCGACCUCGACCUCGUCAAGACCGCCCGUCGAGCCUCCACCGGCGACGGCACCGACUACCCGGGCGGCACGAGAAGGCGCGGGGUCUCACCAGCACUCUGCGCAGCAGCCUGGAUCCGGCCGGGAGGAAGAGAAACAUUCACGGAGCGCCAGUCGCUUUUUCAACUUCAAGUCCUCCAAAGGCGCCCAGCACCAGCGGGAGCACACUCGCGACUACCACCGUAAGCGCGACCCGAGCCAGCACUCAAACUCGAGCAACGCCACCGGCAGUGGUGAGGCCAUGUCCCGAGGCCAGGAUCCGCAAAUCGCCUCUGACCGCGGAUCGACCAAGACGUCGAAACAUUCAGACCAUUCGAACGAGCUGCAGUCCGCCCAGCCUAACACAAUGGCGCAACCCUCGCGAUCAGACGUCUCGUUGGCAAGCGGCGACUACGACUCGUCAACUUUGAAAAGGGGCAAGCCGAAGCCGUUCACUCUUCUCAAUAGGACCAGGUCGAUGAAGGAGCGGGAGAGCCCCAGUCCGAAGGAGACAAAUCCGGAAGUGAGGAUCCAGGAGCCAGAGCGUGCACAUGUCUACACCGGACAGCAGCCUCUGAAAACUGCGCCGAUCGACAAAGACGGCCAGGUCAAUGACCGUUCUUUCAGACAUAUGAUGGACUCCUCAACUCGUAAUCACUCGGCAGACCGGGCUGUACACCGCGACAGACCAAACAAAGAAACGCGACCCGAUAAAGAUCACACCCAGAGUCAAAAUCGCAGUCAUCCAUCAUCUUUCAAGGAUAGCAGCGGCUCUACCUUCUUUGGCAACUUAAAGAGCUCAGGCUCACGAGCUGCAGACAUGUUCUCGAGUCGAAUCUUCGGCAAUAAGUCAGGUCGAAGCGGCAGCACUACCGAACGCGAGCACGUGGUUGACGAUGAACAUUAUCAGCUGAAGGUACUGAACCUGCCUUUGAUUGAACAAGUUCGAAAGACGCGCAUUUCCAAAAAGCUUGAAGAGGCUCGAGAUAAGACCGAGUUCUGGAUGCCAGCUUUUCCGUGGCGCGCUAUCGACUAUCUCAACUACAAGGGUAGCGAUGUUGAGGGGUUGUACCGAGUUCCCGGAAGUGGACCGCAGGUCAAGAAAUGGCAGAGAAAGUUCGAUGAGGAAUACGACGUCGACCUUUUUGCGCAAGAGGACCUGUAUGAUAUCAAUAUCAUAGGCUCAAUGCUCAAGGCUUGGCUUCGCGAGCUUCCUGACGAACUCUUCCCCAAGGCAGCCCAGGAACGCAUCGCCCGUGAAUGCAAGGAUUCCGAGACCGUCCCGCAACUACUCAUCGAGGAACUGUCCAACCUGCCGCCAUACAACUACUAUCUGCUGUUUGCUAUCACUUGCCACCUGAGUUUGCUUUUAGCCCACUCUGCGAAGAAUAGAAUGGACUAUAGGAACUUGUGCAUCUGCUUCCAGCCAUGUCUCAAGAUUGACGCUUUCUGCUUCAAGUUCCUCGUCUGUGAGUGGAGAGACUGCUGGAAGGGUUGCAGAAGCGAAUCACAGUUCAUCGAGGAAGAGUACGCACUCUUGCACCAGACACCCCCCUCCACACUCGCGGCUGGUGUUGUCGAGCCUCCUCAGGAACCUCAGGCUUCCAAUGGCGGCAGGCAUGGCAACGGCGACGGCAACGGCAAUGGCAAUGGUAACGCACCGCUCGGCCGAAGCAGGACAGAACCUCACAUAGACGAUCGAUAUCUCUCAUCUUCUGACAGUUCCCAACAUGCUGCCACGCAAGGCACGGCUCAGAGUUACGACCAGCAGCAGAAUGGCAAGUUAAGAAAGAAGUCCACGGCGCAGAACGGCAGCGUCAACUCGAUCCCGGCAGGUCUUACAGUCGCGGGUCAGGAAACGUCUGGCAGGGCUGGGGAGUUGCGACCACUCUCGCCCAUCAAGCCGCUUUCACCGCUUGGCUUCUAG